CCACCAAAAUCAUAAAAGCCUCGAUACGCUCAUCACUAAAUAAACUACUGUAUUCCCGACCGGGAUUACUCGACACACGCAGCGAGGUCGACGACACUGGCAACAAUGAGGCUGCUCUGUCUGCUGUGUUUGUUCUGCCUGGCUGCUUGUGAGGCUUCCAGAGCACGAGACUGGGCUCAUCACGGUGCGCCCAUGUUUGCCGACCUGACGCCUCGCGAGAUGAAGGCCGUCCGGGCUUACCUCUGUGGAAUUGCAGAAUUUGGACUCACCGAUGCAGAUAACAUGGCUGUCAAAAAGAACAUCAUCCUGAUGAUGGAGCUCCAAGUGCCAAAAAAGCAUGAAGCCUUGAGGGCCUUGGACCGUGGUCAGGCCAAACCUCCGCGCCAAGCUCGUGUGGUUAUCCAAUUUGCUAACCAAACCAAGCCCAAUAUCACUGAGUUUAUUGUCGGACCUCUACCAUCUCCAAAGUCUCACGAGGUGAAGAAGUUCAAGGGAGAUCGGCCUAUCCCAUUCGAGUCAAGACCAGUAACGGGAAUGGAGUAUCACCAUCUUCAUCACAACAUUGGCAAAUUCACAGCAAAAGCUCACAAGCUUCUGUUCGAGAGCACAGGAGGAUUUACAUUCACCAACUGCUCCGAUCGCUGUUUGUAUUUUAUCGACAUAGCCCCUCGAGGGCUGGCUUCAGGUGAGAGGAGGUCCUGGAUAAUGUUGGUCAAGUUUGUGGAAGGAUAUUAUAUUAAUCCCAUUGGGUUUGAAAUACUAAUCAACCAUAAAGACUUGGAUCCAGAUAAGUGGACUGUUGAGAAAGUGUGGUAUAACAGUAUGUACUUUGAUAGUGUGGAGGACUUGGUCGAAAAGUAUGAAUCGGGAGCUGUGGAGAAGAUCCGUCUACCCCAGCAUGAUGACACUGAUCUCUACUCCACCUACAUCCCUCGGGGUCAAAGCAACACUCCCACGGAUAUCCACGGCCCAAAACUUGUCGAGCCUCAAGGGCGCCGCUAUCACAUUGAUGGCAACUUUGUUGAAUAUGCCGGAUGGUCGUUCGCCUACAGGGUGCGUUCAUCAGCCGGACUUCAGGUCUUUGACGUCCGUUUUAAUGGCGAACGGAUUGCCUAUGAGAUCAGCCUCCAAGAAGCGAUUGCUUUCUAUGCUGGAGACACUCCUGCAGGCAUGCAAACAAAAUAUAUUGACACGAGUUGGGGCAUGGGCGCCUUAUCAUUUGAGCUAGCCUCUGGAAUAGACUGUCCAGAAAUUGCCACCUUUGUCGACCUUUACCACUACUUUGACACCGACAAACCAGUGCGCUUUAGAAAUGCACUCUGUAUAUUUGAGAUGACCACAGCUUUGCCUUUGAGAAGACAUUUCAAUGUAUUUGGGGGAGGGUAUACCUUCUACGGAGGACUAGACAACACUGUGCUGGUGUUACGGACCACUUCAACUGUUUACAACUAUGAUUACAUUUGGGAUUUCAUCUUUUACCAAAAUGGGGUGAUGGAGGUCAAGGUCAGCGCCACUGGCUAUAUCCAUGCUACUUUCUUCACGCCAAAUGGACUUAAGUAUGGCCGCAAGGUGUACAGCCAUGUGCUGGGAAACCUGCACACGCAUCUCAUCAAUUACAAAGUUGACCUGGAUAUUGCCGGUCGGGAGAACAGCUUUCAGAGUAUGAAUUUGAAAUACGUCAACUUCACAAAUCCCUGGAGCCCCAAGAAUUUCAUCGUCCAAUCCAAACUCAAUUGGACGGAACAUAAGACGGAGCGUUCUGCCGCCUUCCGCUAUGGCAAAACGUUCCCUCACUAUGUCCAUUUUUACAACCCUAAUGAGAAAAAUAAGUGGGGACAUCAAAAGGGCUACCGUAUUCAGUUCAACUCGCAUGGUGACAGUGUGCUUCCAAGAGGCUGGAAAGAAGAAAACGGCAUCAGUUGGUCAAGAUAUCCUCUGGCCGUUACCCGUCAUAAAGAUAGUGAGGCCACCAGCAGCAGUAUUUAUAAUCAGAAUGACCCCUGGAAACCUGUCGUGGCAUUUGAGGACUACAUCCGCAACAACGAAAAUAUUGUCAACCAGGAUCUGGUUGCCUGGGUGACGGUGGGCUUCCUGCAUGUGCCUCAUUCAGAAGACAUCCCCAACACGGCAACACCUGGCAACGCAGUGGGCUUCUUCCUCCGACCCUUCAAUUUCUUUGAUAAGGACCCUUCGGUCGCAUCGAGAAGCACGGUCAUCGUCCGACCGGGCCCGGAAGGGAAGCCCGAAGUUCAACGGUGGACGCCAGCGGUCGUAGGUCAUUGUGUGACAGACAAACAGUUCUUUUACAACGGCACUUAUGCGGGUGUUUAGGAGAUGUCGCUCCUCGGCUUUGUUUGACUCGCCUGAGAAAGAUAACCAACCAGCAGUGUGGAGUUUCCACAUAACUUCUAUAACGUUUCAAAAAAACAUAAAUAUGAAGAGGUUCACUAUCGUGUUCAUUUGGUCUUAGUGCAUUUAAUUAAUGUGGCCAACUAAUCUUGCAUUCAAGUCAUUGAGUUGCAUUAAUUCAUUGACCCUAGGUUUCACUUUGCACGACAUGUCAAAAAGGGGACGGGGCGACCGCUUCUGCCAAUCCAACGAGGCAUUACCAUGGCUGAGGCUUAGCAGUGACCGGCAUGCAGGAUGCAGGAUGCAGGAUGCUCCGUAUCCGCACAGCGAGUGGUAAACCCGCUGGCUCACAGCAUGCUCUGCUUGCCCUCUUAGCUGGGAUGUUUUGACCCGAAAGGCAACAAGGCUCUGAGUGCAAACAGUCUGAUACUGGAUCCUUUGCGCAAACAAUCCAGGAUACCGCUUGCUACCAUGGUAACCUAAUUAUAUAGGGACAAAAUAUGUCAUGUAGCAUCAUAUUUCCAGAUAGAUUUCUGGCGUACUGAUAUCACAGGAAAUGCAGGAAAUGGUCAAAGGAAAUACAGUUAUGGAAUCACAUAGUACUUGUUUUCUUUUGCAUCAAUGAGACGCUAAAAUGUACAGUAUGUCAAACCUUGUGAAUGGAUCUGUAUGGGUGUCAGUAAAUAGCAGCAGUUUACUUGUGUGAGCCAAAGGAAUUGUCAAAAUCUGAAGUCGGUUUUAUUUGUGUGUCAAUGUCCGUGUUAAAAGUUCAGAGUAUGAGAGCUAUCCACGUAUUAGGGAAUGAACGAUGGAAGGGAAGCGGACACAAACUAGAGUAACAAGAAUUCCUAUGUUAUUGUCAUGGAGAUGACGGCCAUGACGUCACACAAGAAAAGUUAGUGGGAAUAUAACAUACACUAAAUGUAUUUUAAAAUGGCAUGCAGCAUCCUUAAAAACCAGAGCGGUGUUUUAAUUUAGUCACGCAAUAAUGUUUGAAAAUGAUUUGUCUGCCCUCUUUGUUCGCUUAAAGUAGAAAUGUGUUUUAUUUUACUUAAGAAAAUGUUGAUGAAAACAUUUGGGUGCAGACUGUAACAGCUUCCCAUAAAGCUGUUCUUGUUUCCUGUUGGUUCUGUCUGUUAAUUGGGUUUUAUGCAUUUGUUGUCGUCUUUAUAGCUGAAAUCUGUGAAAUAAAAUUUGAAAAAAC